UGUGACGCCGAGGCACUUGCCGCGUUCAGAACAACUGGGAACUAGGAACUCGUAAAGCUCCGACCUCCAACUUCAGUGCGUUCAAAAUAACUGGCAACUCGGGGAAAAAAAAAAAUGUAAACGGUCAUCCAACUCGGAAUUCCGACUUGGGAACUCGGGCCUCUUUCUCUUUCUUUGACUUCAUAUUUUUCCGAGUUCCCAUUUAUUUUGAAUUGGCAACUGUGCCUCGGCAUUACACGGCCAUGACGUUCAAAACGUGCGACAGUUCAACCGUUAGCUACAACAAACUUUCGUCGUUGUCAGUUUGUAGUGUGAGAAAUUCCUCUUUUGCAAACUAGCUACAAUGUUGCAGCCUGAAUUGAUACAGCUUUUGACAGCGAGUGAUUUGGUCGACUCACGAAUUGACGCGAUUCCUAAAUUGCAGGUGGGCUUUCGUCCGAGGAGUUUAUUCAGUUCGGUCACGUCACAGGACAGGGAGGCGAAGUUAAAGUUCACCUUCAUUCCACAUCAGAUACUGCUAAACAAGGACCACGAGUUUUUUGAGGAUGGGGACAUACAUAGACACCUGUACCUCCAGAACCUCUCUACCUGCCCAGCUUAUGACUCAACUACAGCCAGGCCGUGUGAGUUCAGGUGUCAUAUAUCUGGCUGUAGCCAGGUGUUCAGGACUGUGGAGGAGUAUGAGCAUCACUAUAACACGCUCCACAGACAUGUGUGUUCUUCCUGCCAGAGGUCGCUGCCCUCCGCUCGCCUGCUCGACAUCCACAUCCAGGAGUGGCACGACUCGCUCUUCAGCAUCCUGGUUGAAAGGCAGGACAUGUAUCAGUGUCUAGUGGAGGGGUGUGGUUUGAAGUUCAGAACCAGAGAACAGAGGAAAGACCAUAUGAUCAAGAUCCAUAAGUACCCUUCUGACUUCAGGUUCGACAAGGGAAAGAGGAUCAAGAAGAUCAAAAUAGCGAAGAAGAAUCUGCCGCAGGAAGGCACAAGUAUGGAGAUGUCCAUGAGUGUGAGGGAACCUGACCAACCAGAGGAAGAGGAAUCUAUGGAGCUAAAUCACUCUCUGGAACCAGGUAUCCUGGACCCUGCAGCUAACCCAAUUAACACAGUAGAGCUGUCCACAGAGCAUGCUACUGCCCCAAUCCUCUCUGUCACCAUCCAGCCCACCACAAACCAACAGAGACCACAGCACAACAGAGAGAGACACUCCUACAGGGUUCCUAGGACGGUGUGUUUCGGCCAGGGUUCUGUCCAAGGGUUCAGAGGUCGUGGCAGGAGGAUUUAGAGAAUCUUUGAAGGUGAUGAGUCUCAGACAGGAUGUGACCCUUACAUCAGUCUGGUCUGGCGUGUGUUUUAAAAAUAAUAUUUUCGACAAUAAAUCAUGUUUGUUUA